GACUCUCUCUGACUGAGCCGACUCGCUCUCUCUCUGCUCGUCUGAGUCGCAACUCGGUCGCCGAAAUGGAGGAGGAAAUGGACGAAACCGAAGCUCUACCUCAGGUGUACAUGGCAUGCAUUCGACAAGGCCAUCGAGUGGGAGUUUCUUAUUAUGAUUCCAGUAUUCGCCAACUUCACGUGAUGGAAGUUUGGGAAGAUGGCAGCAUGGACUUCCCCCUAAUUGAUAUGGAUGGAACAACAGAGGCUUUUACUGUGAAGCUUGUGAAAAGUUCAGUAUUUAGCUAUGAGCAAGCAUGGCACAGAUUGAUAUAUCUUCGAGUAACAGGAAUGGAUGAUGGGUUCGACAUCAAGGAAAGAAUUUGUUAUUUGAGUUCUAUGAUGGACAUGGGAAGUGAUGUUCAAGUUCGUACCAGUGGAGGUCUUCUUGCCAUAUUAGAGAAUGAAAGGAUUGUAGACACACUUGAACAAAUGGAAUGCGGCAAUGCAUCUAUUGCAAUCGAUUCUGUUAUAGAAGUUUCAUUAAACAAUUUUCUAAAACUUGAUGCUGCAGCUCAUGAGGCGUUGCAGAUAUUCCAAACAGAUAAGCAUCCUAGCCAUAUGGGCAUUGGUAGAGCAAAAGAAGGGUAAUUUCUGAACUAUUUGCUGAAUUUUCUUAGGAAAUUAACCUGACAUGAUUCAGUUUCAGGUUUUCUGUAUUUGGCAUGUUGAAUAAGGUUAGUGGCCUUUUCUGUUUAUUUUUAUUUUUAUUAUAUGUAAUAUAUAUAUAUAUAUAUAUAUAUAUAUAUAUAUAUAU